AUGCCGAGCCCGCGGAGCAGCCGGGAGCGGCGCGGCGGCGGCCGCCUGGAGUUCCUGUCGCUGGUGAGCCCGCGCGGCGGCGGCGGCGGCGCCCCGGAGAGCCCGAGCCGGCGGCGGGAGGCGGGCGGCGCGGCGGCGGCGCUGCCCGAGGAGGACUGCAUGAGGCUGAACCCCUCCUUCGUGGGCAUCGCCCUCCGCUCCCUGCUCGCCGUCGACCUCUGGGCCUCCAAGCGCCUGGGCGUGUGCGCGGCGGAGGGCUCGGCCUGGGGCAGCGCCCGGCCCCUCAUGAAGGUCGUCGAGGUGUCCGGGCACGGCAUCCCCUGGCUGCUGGGCACCGUCUACGGGCUCUGCCAGAGCGACAGCUCAGCCACCCGCGAGGUGCUGCUCAACCUGCUCUUCGCGUUGCUGCUGGAUUUGGUGCUGGUGGCAGUGGUGAAAGGGCUCGUGAAGCGGCGGCGGCCUACCCACAACAAGAUGGACAUGUUCGUCACCAUCUCGGUGGACAAGUACUCCUUCCCAUCGGGCCACGCCACCAGAGCUGCCUUGGUCUGCCGUUUCGUUCUGCAUCACCUGGUGCUCGCUGUCCCACUGCGGGUCCUCGUGGUGCUCUGGGCUCUCAUCGUUGGCAUUUCGAGGGUCAUGCUGGGCAGGCACAAUGUGACAGACGUGCUCUUCGGCUUGCUCUUGGGCUACAUGCUGUACAGCGUAGUGGAGUACUGCUGGCUGUCGCCGCUCAGCGCGCCCGCUCUGUUUGCGCUCUGGAGUCGCUGACGGCUGAGCCUCCUCAAGGAGGAAGUGCACGCUCUGUUCUCUCUGCCACGCACGGAGUGGAUAUUGGGGCUCAUUGAACCAGUAUCCUAGAUUUUAUGUAAACAGCCAAAACUAUAACACUAACGGUGCUCCAAGGGCUGUACUUGGACAUUUGGUGCUGUUCUGCUCUCCCAGUGAGCUGUCAGGCAGAGUGCACCAGCCACAUGGCUGUGCUGACUGUUCUCCAGGGAAAAAAACAGCCCUUGCAGAGUCUGGGGAGGAGCUGACACAUUUGUCUGGCAGCUCAGUGCUGAUACUGUGAAUCAGCAUGCCCUUGCUGGGCAUCAGCUGCGUUAACCCUUGCAGUGUAAGUGGCAGCUGUGGCUUUGCAGGGAUUUCUCAGUGACUGCUCACAUGUCUGUGUGCUGUAAAUAUGCUGAGCUGUGGUGAGCAUGCCCUGUGCAGCCUGUUCCGUAAUGUCUGACUGGAGGGGACUCGCUGCGGUCUGUCCUCUUGGGCUUGUAAAAAUCUUUGCCUUGCAGCUCACGUGUCCUUCCUGUUGCUCUUCCGUUAAGCCUUUCGCCAAGGCCAAAUCUCAGCCUAGAAGGAUGCAGGCAUCUGGCUCCCAGUGUCGUGAGGAAAGAGUGUGGUGACAAAGGGUUUGGUCCAGCCACCUCGGAGGCAGUGAGUGGGUGGCUGGAGAAGCGGCUCCCAGCAGCAACCUGCUCAUAGAACCAUUGUGCAGAACUUUCCAGCUCCUGUUUCCUCCAUGGAAUUUUCUGUCUCUCAGGGGGUGGUUAAAAAAAUAGGGGGGGGGGGGUUCACAGCAAUUUGCAUUUGUUAGCAUGUGCUAUGCGUGCCACUGACAGUGGCAUGCAGCAUAGCUGCUUCCCUGUAGCUCUUGCAACUGUGGCUGUUGGUCCGCCUUUGCGCAGCCUGCUAGUCUGCCCCAGGAGUCGGGCCUUACCUGCACCUCCCAACGAGAGGGGUCCCUGGCUGCACCACCAGCAGCUGUAGCUCCCUGUGCUCCGAGGGUAUUGACUCUGCAUUUUUACUGUGACUGUUUGUCCUGUAAGCCUUUUUUUUUCUUCUUCUUUUUUUCUUAAAUAAAGCAGAGAAUGCCUCACCCACUCCUGAGGCCUAAGGGCAGCUGCUGUCUAUCUGAAAGCCUCUGCUUUUGCCUUGGGGAACUGACUUCCUGGGGAGAGGCAGGACACAGGGACCCUCAGCUUGCCUGGGACAGCCUUACAGUACUGAGGGUAAUGCUUGGACUGAGCAGGACCACACCUGAGGGAAACACUACUCCUCACUGCAGCCGAGCCCUCCAUCUGGGAGAAAGCCUCAGCCUCUCACUGCUGCUGCUGGGAGGGCUCGUGUGUCUAAUUCCCAGGACCGUCCUCAGGCACAGUGGGGCUAUGCUGGCCCUGCAAUGUGGGGUACAUCAGCCCUUCCCCACCAUCCACCUCCUCAAGAUGCCUGUUCAGCUUCAGCUGAUGGGAAACAGGGCUUUAGCAAAACACCCCUUGCUUUACUGGAAUAAGACAUUGCCUGGGAGCAGUAAGGGCUGGAGCCCAAACCCACAGUACCUAAGCAAAGUGAGCAGAGCAGGAGAUUGAAGCCAGGUCCAUCCAAAAGUCCAUCUAGUGAAAAGACAGGUCCAAAAUGAAGCUCAGGAGGCAAUCAGAGGUCGGGGUCAGGAUUGUGUCCAGUUCCAGUGACUGCCAAGGAGGCCCAUGGUGACAAAGCAGGGCUGAGGUCAAGCUGGGAAGUCAAUCUGCAAGUUGUGGCACAGAUUAGCAGGGCAAGGACAUGGCUGGAAUGGAGCUUUAGACCAGCACUAUAACAGCACUGAAGGCCCCAGGAGGAGCUGAAAUAAACUCCUGGGCCCAUGAAGAGAGAGGGUGGGUGGAGGCCCCAGGUGAGGCUCUUCAGGGCCAUUAAGGCCUAUUAGUGCACUCAGUGCCCCGGCAAAUGUGGGGUGAUGAGGAUCUCAGGAGGCUACGUGUUUGCAUUACGGUUUGGGGCUUACACAGCAGCAAUCAAAUUCUCUGGGUUGCACCACGCAGCACACGUCCAGCUGGGCCCAUGUGAGACAGCACCCUGGCACCCUGGGCAGCCCUUCCUCUCCCCAGGAGAGGCGAGUAGUGGCUGUGGGUUCACAGGGUGUCUGCAUGCCAGGCAGCAGCACUCUCGGAUGUCGUCAGGGUUUGGGGCAAUCAGGGCUUGUCGAGCCAUGCCAAAACAUCUAAGCUUUCUUCUCCCUAAGCACAACACGCUCUUUGUCCAAGUGUUUUUUACGGCCAUUGGGCUCUUCCUCUCCUGCCGCUGCCCCACACGGUCGUGUGCUGCUGCUGCGCCGCCUGCGCCGCCCGCGCCGCCCCUCGCCUUCUUGGCUCUCCUCCUCCAUAUCUCCGCCAGCAAGACCUUUGCAUCUCCUGGUGUGCAGGAGAAGCAGAAGGUGUGUUUGUAUAUGCUUUCCAAUGUGUAUCAGCACGGUGUUCUGGAGCCUCAGGACUUGAUUAAAAUAGGGAACCUUUCCAA